AGAAGGCUCUCCUCUACAGAGAAGGAGGAAAGGGGGCGGAGUCCGAGAGCUCAGAAGGGUGGGACGGGGUCACGCCAUUAGGGAGCUGAGGCCGGGUGAGAGGGAAUGGGGGGCGGGGGCGGGGCCUAGGGCUGAGGGGCGGGGCGGGAAGCCUGAGCCCCAGAGUGAGGUGGAGUCUGAGGGCCGAGGGGGCGGGGCCGGAGUCCACGGCGGCUCCAGAAUUCUGUCCCGCGCUGGGUCUACCGCUCCAUCUGCCCGUCUGUCCUCUGGUUGAGCCGUCGGGGUGUCCCGAGCCGCUGCCGUCAUGGAGUACUCGUCCGGCCUGGAUGCUUCACUUUUGAUUGCGGUUUUGGUAGUUGGUGCCUCAGUAUUACUGCUGUCUUUAAAGAACAUGGGAUCCCCAAAGAAGAAAGACCUCAUCACGUUACUGGAUCCAGAUACAAAAUACUCGCUGCCCCUGAUUGAUAAACAGGAAAUCAGCCACGAUACCAAGAGGUUCCGGUUUGGACUUCCUACGUCGAAUCACAUUUUAGGGCUCCCCAUAGGUCAACAUGUUUAUCUCUCUGCCAAAGUCAAUGGCAAUCUAGUGAUCCGGGCCUAUACUCCUGUUUCUAGUGAUGAAGUAAAAGGCUAUGUGGACCUUAUUAUUAAGGUUUACUACAAAAACGUGCAUCCUAAAUUUCCCGAGGGGGGAAAGAUGUCUCAGUACCUGGAUAACAUGAAGAUAGGGGAUACCAUCGAUUUCCGAGGGCCAAACGGGCUCCUGAUUUAUAAUGGACAAGGUAAGCUGGCAAUCAAACCGGAUAAGAAGAGUCAACCUAAGAUGAAGUUUGCCAAGAAUUUGGGAAUGAUUGCUGGUGGCACAGGAAUAACACCAAUGCUGCAGCUGAUUCGGCACAUUACCAAGGACCCUGAAGAUGGUACCAAGUGUUCCCUUAUCUUUGCUAAUCAGACUGAGGAAGAUAUCCUACUGAGAGCAGAGCUAGAAGAAGUGGUGAAGAAUCAUCCGAACCAGUUUAGUCUGUGGUACACUCUGGACAGGCCUCCUAAUGAUUGGAAGUAUAGCUCUGGAUUCAUUAAUGCAGACAUGAUCAAGGAUCAUCUUCCACCACCAGGAGAUGAUACCAUCAUUUUGAUGUGCGGUCCUCCUCCAAUGAUCCAGUUUGCCUGUCAGCCCAACCUGGAAAAACUGGGCUAUGCUCAAGACAAGACAUUUGCCUACUAACAAAUUCCUAUUAGCAAGUCUAUCUUGGUACUUUUGUGUUGAACUUCAGAAUGUCUUGUUCACAGCCUGUUCAAAAAAUAGUAUGGUUUUUAAAAUGUUAAGUAGUUUUCUAAAUGAUCUUUCAGAAUGAGUUGCAAAAUUUAAAAAUACAUACAAAACUUCUUCCUGCCUUGUUAUCUUAUCUGAGAUUUCUACGUGCUCUUUAAGUGUCUUGGUCAGGGACCAGAGCCUGAGAAGCUGUGCCCAAGGGAUUCAGUAGUACACUGUUCAUGUUAGAUCCAGACAAGUGAUUGUAAUGGAUCUGCAGAACAGCAUUUGGCUUAAUACUUUAGUGAAAUAAAAUUUGUGUAAAAUAAAAUUUAAAGUCUUGUGUGUAUUGUAGAUGCACACAUACCUCCAACCCACAAUUCAAGAGAUAGUUCAUUAUCAAGAGCUUUGGAUAGCUACAAAGCUAUUAUUAGGCUUUAUAUUAGUAUUGUCUGUGUUCUAGCAUAGUCUUUAAGGAGAACCAUCAGCAGGUAGGGAAUUCUUAGACAGGGCUUUCGUAUAAAAUAUGUCAAAAAUUAAUUUCUAGAAGAAUAAAAUGGACUUUCAUUAUAGAAAUGUUAAAAUCCAAGUUCUCUAAAGGAAUAUUGGAGCGGGGAAGGGCAAGGCAGGCAGGAAGGAAAGCAAACAGGAGUGAGCACAUGACAAUAACAAAGGAUGGGGCAUCUCUCUCCCUAAAGCUACUGACCCCAGUUUUGCAGGAGCCCAUUGCGAUUAGCAGCAACUGAAAGGGUUGCCGUCUUGUUUAGGCGAAGUAUCCCAAUUUGUUUAGCCAUUCCCAUCAAUGGGCAUCUGCUUUGUUUCCAAUUCUUUGCUACCACAAAACGUGCUGCCAUAAAUACUUUGGUGUAUAUGGGGACUUUAUACUUAUCGAUGACCUCCUUGGACAAAAGGAUAUCAACGUUUUAGUCACUUAUGUGCAUGAUUCCGAAAUGUUUGUACUGAGAUACGUGUUUUUGUUAGUGUUAAAUCUGUACACCAUUGGAGAAAAAAUUCCAUUAUAAACACUUGAAGAAA